UAGCUGUUUUAUUUUUUCAGUGUAAAUACUUUAUUUCGGGAAGUCAACGUCCUAUAUUUAAUAUUGCUAUCGAUCGUAAAAAUGCUUUACUUGGUGUUCAUUCAGUGCUCAUAAUAAAUUCCAGAAAUUUCAUGAUUACUUCACUGACAGAAAUUCACUAAUGAAUGUCAUCGUACACAGAUAAACAGUAUUUGCUCCGUGUUUCGGUAUUGUUGAACUCGGAAUAUUUCUUGCUAUCAAAUGAUGGGAAUAUUUUCUCUCUUGUAAAUUUUAUAGCAUAGAAACCAAGAUGCCUUCAACCACUGUGAAGAACUUGUACCUUGCUUCUACUAUAAAAGAGCUGGAGGCGAAACACCAAACUAUUCCUGAUGUUAAAAACAAGAAUGCUUCACAAGUAUUGAAAUCAGCGGACAAAGUCUUUGAAACUGCAGAGAGCUCGUACCUCAGUGGGGACGAAGAAAGAGCUUAUGUACUAUAUACCAGGUUUGUUGAGCUGCUCCUUCUGGCAAGGAAGAAAGCUGAUUAUGAAAGAGUCUGUCAGGAUUCUAGCAUCAAACGUUUGUAUGAGUUGGCAAAUAUUGCAAUUGGUAAGGCAGAAAUACUCAAGGACAGCUUAUCUGAAAGGUAUAACCAACAAGCAACAACGCUGAAACAGAAGAAUGAAAAAAAUGAAAUGCUGUCUGAGCUGCAUAAAAAGCCACCCACUCCCAGUGAAGCUGGUGAUGAUAAAAUUUCCAUAUCUCCAACUCCAAAAAUUAAAGAACAGCCCAAGCUUUCAAUUUCAAGCCAAAAGCUGCAUUCUAUGCUGCCGUCGAGCACGUUCAACAUCAUCAUCAUGGACACACGCCUUGCCGAGGAUUUUGAAGAGUCUCAUAUCAAGCAUAGCCGCUGUAUCAGCAUUCCUCAAGAAAUAUUGGAACCAGGGGUGACAGCCAUGAAGCUUGAAAGCAUUUUGCCGAGUGCAUCCCUCUCCCAGUGGUACCAACGUGCAAAUGCAGACUACAUUAUUCUGAUGGACUGGGAUUCCAAAGACGAGACUUCAGAAAGCAUUCACAUUCAAACGCUGAAGACAGCAAUGUGCAAGUGGGAUCAAAAAUGUACUUUGAAGAGGCCUCCAUUAGUUCUUCAAAAUGGCUAUAAAGACUGGAUGCUGAAAUAUCCCAUGUUCACCACUAAGCCACUCAAUUUUACUGCCAUCAGUGAAGUAGGAAAGUCACCAAGCAUUGCUGAUGUUUCAGCUGUGCAGUAUCCCAACCUGGAUGAAAAUAAUUCCGACUCCCCGUCGAACAAAGAGAACUUCAGUCAACCGGAUUCGUUAUUCAAAAAGUCUUCAUUACCGAAUCAGAUCAAAAAUGGAGACGCAUCUAUGAACAUCUCUGCCGGCCCGAAAAAAGUGAAAUCCGCUCCCAACGUUGAUCGCAAGUUGAAGCCGACCAUUGUCGGUGUCCCCAAGUCUUCUGGAUCCGAGCGAAAAUCCAUCUCCGGAAAGUCCAACCGGGAUCCACUGGUCAUCAGCCCCACACAAGAAAACUUACCUUCAUCGGUCAACCCGAAGGCCAAGCCGACCCCCAAGAGUCCCGACCCCGACGACCUUCUCGUUAAAUCCCUCGAUAAGGAGGCGAACUUGGCAGAGGAAAGCUUGGAGUUGGCCAAAGAGCAGCUGAGGAAUGAGUAUGAGUUCGAAAAGUUGAGGCUGAGGAAAGAGCUGGAGGCUGAAGAAAGUAUGAGAAUGGAAAUUCAGAAGCAGGAAGAUCUCUUGCAUGCGAAGAUGAAGGAGAUGGAGUCUCAAGCUCAGCAGAAGGAUGAGGAGUGUGCAAAAGUGAAGGAAGAGAACUUGAGAUUGAAGAAGGAACUAGCUGAGAAAAAAAAUGCUGACUAUCAGAAUACACAAGAAAAGAAAAUUGCAGAUCACCUGAAAGAAAAAAAAGCUCUUCUAGAUGAUGUUGCAAGGUUAAGGGAGGAACGCAAAAAGAAAGAGGCCUUAUCCAAACGAAAAGUUGAGGUCUCUAAAUCCACCUCAGUUCCUAGGGAUUCUGUGUCUGCCAGCACAGGAUUGAAACGCAAUAAUAACACAGAUUCAUCAAAGCAUGGAAAUUCCGAGUACACCAUUCCGCUGUCGAGGCAGGGCUCCGAAGACACUUCUAGCUGCGGAUUGGUGCGUUCUCACUCCUCACCCAACAUUGCCCAGAUGGUCAACCAAGAAGAGAGUGCAAGAGGAAAUACUCCCGUCAUUGAUCGAACGCUGAAGCCCAACCCCCCCUUACCCCCCUAUAUGAGCGCCCUUGCCAGUGCCUGGUCAAGAAAUUUGAACCCUGUGUAUGGAAAUUGCCCUGCUAGACCUGUGACAGGGUUGAAAAACUUGGGCAAUACGUGCUUUAUGAAUUCUAUAAUUCAAUGUUUGUCCAAUACCACACCUCUGGCUGAGUAUAUAAAUAGUGGAAUGUAUGUGAAUGAUAUCAACAGGCACUGCAGCCAAGGUACUAAUGGUGAACUUGCAGAGGAAUUUGCUGUUGUAAUAAAGAGCUUAUGGAUGGGCCAGUACAAAUUCUUUUCCCCAAAAGAUUUUAAGAACACAGUUAGUAGAUGCUUAUCAGUGUGCAUCGGCAAUGAACAGCAGGACUCGCAUGAGUUUCUUGUUGUGUUGAUGGAAAAGCUGCAUGCCGAUCUGAACAAAAAAUAUAUGAGGUCCUCUCCGAAAUUGGAGGCCAGCACGGUGGACGAAAACACCUUCUGGCAGCACCACAAAAGCUACAACUGCUCAAAGAUUUCCGACGUUUUCGAGGGACUGCUCAAAUCCACUUUGACGUGCCUUUCGUGUCGGAAGACGUCCGACAGCUUUGAAGUCUUCUCCUGUUUGUCUCUGCCUAUCAUGACCUCCCGAUGCACUCUCAAGGACUGUGUCCAGCAUUUUUUGAAGUCUGAGAAAAUAUCAGGAGAAGCUGCCUGGGACUGUCCCAGAUGCAAGCAAAAGAAAGAGGCAGAGAAAAGACUGCGUAUUUGUCGACUGCCAGAAAUCUUAGUCAUUCAGCUCAAAAGGUUUUCCUACGAUGGUCUGUGGAGGAAAAAACUACAAACUGCUGUGGAUUUUGAUUUCACUUUCGAUGUGCCUUGUGAAGAAAAUUCAGAGGAACGUUUUCGGUCCUACAGCUUGUAUGGUGUUGUGAACCACUAUGGUACCCUUGAAGGUGGACAUUAUAUAGCAUACUGCAAGACUGUAUCUCGAAAAUGGUACAAAUAUGACGACCAUGAAGUUUCAGAAAUAAACGCUCUAGAUGUCAAAACUCCUGCUGCGUACCUUCUCUUCUACCAGGCAACAGACUACCAGUCACGCCUGUAA